AACUAAAAUUACAAAAAGAAAAAAACUACACUCACGCUGAGAUUCAGCCAGAACCUAGCUCAGAUAAAGAAAUAAAAAUGCAAACAGAUUCUUCAAAUAUAGUUACAACCUCUGAACUUGAAGAAAAUAUACCUAAUACUGAGAAGGCAGAAACUGCAUCUGCAUCAACAAAAAAGAAAAAAGGAAAUAAAAGAAAGCUUCAAGCUUUAAACAAUGGAAUCCAAAUAGCAGAAACUGAAGCCACUUCAAAAGAUGCUUCUCAAUCACAAGAUUAA